CAAAACUAAUUAGCCAUGGCAAGUGUGUGCAAGAGUACAACCCUCAACACUCCCUUUACAUCAUCCACAAAGUCUUCUUUAGCUUCUACUUCAAAGCCCUCUCAACUUUUCUUGCAUGGGAAACGUAACCAAACCUUCAAAAUCUCGUGCAAGGUCUCCAACAAUGACCAAAACGGUGAAACAAAUUCAGUUGAUAGGAGAAAUGUGCUUCUUGGUUUAGGAGGUCUCUAUGGUGUUGCCAAUGCAGUACCAUUAGCCACUGCUAAUCCUAUACCACCCCCUGAUCUAACUUCUUGUAGUAAAGCCCAUAUAGAUGAAACAGACGAUGUGGAAUACAGUUGUUGCCCUCCUAAGCCAGAGGAUUUGGACAAAGUUCCAUAUUACAAGUUCCCUUCGAUGACCAAGCUCCGUAUCCGUCCGCCUGCUCAUGCUGCUGAUGAGGAGUAUAUUGCCAAGUACAAUUUGGCCACUAAACGGAUGAGGGAACUUGACAUAAAUCCAACAGAUCCACUUGGGUUCAAGCAACAAGCCAAUAUCCAUUGUGCCUAUUGUAACGGUGCUUACAAAGUUGGUGGCAAAGAGUUGCAAGUUCACUUCUCUUGGCUUUUCUUCCCCUUCCACAGAUGGUACUUGUACUUCUAUGAGAGAAUCUUGGGCUCUUUAAUCAAUGACCCAACUUUUGGUUUGCCAUAUUGGAACUGGGAUCAUCCAAAGGGCAUGCGUUUGCCUCCCAUGUUCGAUCGUGAAGGUUCUUCCAUUUACGAUGACAAACGUAACCAAGGUCACCGCAACGGAACCAUAAUCGAUCUUGGUCAUUUUGGUGAGGAGGUCCAAACAACUCAACUCCAGAUGAUGACAAACAAUUUAACUCUAAUGUACCGUCAAAUGAUAACUAAUGCUCCAUGUCCCUUGCUGUUUUUUGGUGCGCCUUACCCUCUGGGAUCCGACCCCAGUCCAGGAAUGGGAACUAUUGAAAACAUUCCUCAUACUCCUGUCCACAUCUGGACCGGUGAUACUCCUAGACAGAAACACGGUGAGAACAUGGGUAAUUUCUAUUCAGCUGGUUUGGACCCGGUUUUCUAUUGUCACCACGCCAACGUGGACCGGAUGUGGAACGAGUGGAAACAACUAGGAGGCAAAAGAAGGGAUCUCACACAGAAAGAUUGGUUGAACUCGGAGUUCUUUUUCUACGACGAAAACCGCAACCCUUUCCGUGUGAGAGUCCGAGACUGUUUGGACAGUAAGAAGAUGGGGUACGAUUACGCACCAAUGCCUACUCCAUGGCGUAACUUUAAGCCAAUAAGAAAGUCCACAACAGGGAAAGUGAAUACAAGUUCACUUCCACCAGCCAGCCAGGUAUUCCCACUCGCAAAGCUGGACAAAGCAGUUUCCUUUUCAAUCAAUAGGCCGGCUUCGUCAAGGACUCAACCGGAGAAAAAUGAACAAGAGGAGAUGCUAACGUUCAACAAGAUACAAUAUGAUGAUAGAAAGUAUAUAAGGUUCGACGUGUUCCUCAACGUGGACAAGAACGUGAAUGCGGACGAGCUUGACAAGGCAGAGUUCGCGGGGAGCUAUACUAGCUUGCCACAUGUUCAUACAGGUAGCGGGUCUCAUGCUGCGAGUGUUACUUUCCGGCUGGCCAUCACUGAACUGUUGGAGGACAGUGGUUUGGAAGAUGAAGACACUAUUGCGGUGACUCUGGUUCCAAAGAAAGGUGGCGAAGAUAUCUCCAUUGACAGCGCGGAGAUCAAGCUUGAGGCUUGUUAAGUCCUGGUUUGGGGGCGAAUUAGUCUAUUGAAUCUGCUGACGUUACACUUGAAGCUUGCUGAUCGAUGAUUGUCUGCUCAAGUUUCCUUAUUGUGUUUAUUUUGUUGGUCUCCAUUUGCUUUUCCAUGUUACUUUUCAUGUUGAAAUCAGCUGGACGCUUGAUUUCCUUGCAGUUGUUGUUCAGAAUAAAGCAGUACCAUGCAGACUGGUGUCCAGUUAUGUUACUCUCUCUCUCUAUAUAUAUAUGAUAAAGGUAGCUACUACUAUAAUGCUAUGAUACUUCAAAUU